ACGUCAUCAAGAACACAAGUCUAUGACGUAAUGUUAUUAUCCUUUCCCAGCAACAAAUGUUGUGAAGUUGUUGUGCAACGUUGUUCAGCACAGUGGGUUUCCACGGAUAUGAUUUUUGAUGAAAAUGUGAGAGGAACGUCGAGAUGUCAAGCGAGGAGCCUGCAAGGAAGAAAUUGAAAAUGGAGCCUCAUAUAGGUGGGGACAAUUGUCGAUUACUGGAGGAAUCGAGUCCACUGAAAGUUACACGGAUAUCUAACCAUAGAGCCGUUUCAGGAUCCGCAAGUGGAGACUCCAGAGAAAGAGGACACCAUCAGGUAGCAUUUGUCGGGAAGUACCAAACAGGUGAGGCGGCACACCAUUCAGAAACAUACGGGACUGUCCCACAAGGGUGUGAACUUGGAGAUAUUUGGGAACAUAAAUACCCCAAACCCCUUGGACAGCAUACCAAAAAGCUUACACCAAUCAAAACCGGAAAUGCUCAUUAUGAUAUCAUUAUUUCAGAUUUGAAAUUGCUUGGGUACAAUCCGAUUCAGUUGGUAGCGAAGGGAAGAUCAGGUUCAAUAGUUCUCGCUCAGGACCUCAGCAAGAACAGCUUCUAUGGAGAGCACGAAUGUAUCCCAGUGGCAAUUAAAUUAAACUCCGGGAAGAUGUCUACAAGACAGGCCUCAGGUGCCGGCACGUUUACAGAAGAGAUGGCGAUUCUAAAAGACUUAGUUCACCCGUCCAUUAUUACUUGGGUUGAGAACAUCAGCUACCAGGGGAGGAUUGGAAUGGUGACGGAAUUCUGUGAAAAUGGAAACUUAGACCAGCUUCUGCGUAUAAAACAACCGCGGUUUUUAACUGAAAGGGUCGCAAGAAAGUACUUCCGGCAACUAUUCGAGGGUAUAGAAUAUCUUCACCAUCAAGGAAUAGCACACAGGGAUAUCUGCACUUCUAAUAUGCUUAUUACAGAAUACAACACAAUCAAAAUAAUUGAUUUCGGUCAUGCCGUCCGGUUUAUGACGGGCGAUCCUCUGAGAAAAGAUACUUGCGGAUCAAAUGGGUAUCAGGCACCAGAGAUAAUUUCCAAAAUUCCUUACAACCCACAGUUAACAGAUUGUUGGUCAUUCGGAUGCCUUUUGUAUGUAAUGACGAUUGGAAACUUUCCAUUCGGACUAAUUCGCUCUGAAAUGUCGUCGAAGUUUUGCAAGAAGAUUCCAUUUCCGGACAAACGUGUGCAGCCAUUGUCACCAGAACUCACGGAACUGAUCAACGGCAUGCUGAUGUGCGUGCCCAAAAUGCGCUUCUCGCUUCCCCAGAUACGGUAUUCUUCUUGGAUGCAAGUGAAUGACGAAGACAAAGUUCAGAUAGGAAACUUCCAUCUUAUUCGACAGCCGCGAAAAAUCAAAGAGGGUAACGAAGAAAAAGUCCUCAAAGCUCUUUAUAAGAUAUGAGUCGGUGUUUGGACCACAAUUUCCGCCUAUCCCAUGGAAAUAGAUUUUAAGUGGAUCCAGCAAAUAGGAAACAAUGUAUAUACAUUACCAGCUGAUCUGAUCAUAUAUAAAAAGCUACUGUUUGUGUCAAUGGAAAUGGGUAUUUGUCACUGUUUUCUUCCUGGUUUGUCUAUCAGUAGCGUUUUCUUUACUGCUGACCCGAUCGUUGUCAAUACGCUACAUAAUCAAUGUUAAUUUUAUUGCGCCUUUUAAGUCUUGAAAUGUAUUUGAUAACCAAUUACUGUGACACGUUUUAUCAUGCAUGACAUCAACAUUCUUUGUUAUUCUGUCGCUGCUGGAGUUCAAGAUUUCUCAUUUCUACUGAGAGUACAUUGUUUUACAAUUUGUAUGUACAUUUAUGUUCACGACUUUUUAUCCGAUGAAGUUUCUAUGAUUCCAAAGCAUAGACCAUUAUUAUUGUUAUCAAAAUCUUACAAAAUCUUUUUAAUACCUAAUUAUUGUUAUUCACUUUGAUUACAUGUUUAGAUGCUAAUAAAAUCAACAUUUUAGGUUUUUUAACUCGUACUACUAGCAUUCCAUCAUCAAACCUUUAACUCCAGCAACUACGGAAUUUGUUAAGAGUUCUUGUACUGUGCCUUGUUCGGCUUAUUUUCCCUCGAUAUCAUGCAAUUUAAUUAACCACAUUAUUUAUGAGCUUGAUUGUAAUCCGUUAUGUUCACUUGUUUAAGGUGAUUAAAAUGUGCUGUAAUAAAUGUGUAUUUGC